GGGUCCUCUCAGCUCAUCCGCGGGGGCUGGGCUCCCCACCCCACGCCCAGUCUUUCGGGCGGGGGGAGGUUCUUGAGGCGCGUGCAGACCGAGAGGGAGAGGCUGGGGAACCUAGGACGCUAUGCGCCCCCUUCCUCCUAAUGGGCGCCUGUAAUUGCCCGGCGGCGGGACCGUUGGCUGCAGCGCGGGGCGAGGUGGCCCAGGAGGGGAGACUGAAGGCCAGUAGGGGCUACUCUUGGUCCCAUGCCCUCAAAGGGUUGCGCCAGGAUCCGUCAGCCCCUUGGGCUAGGUGGGUUGAAGUCAGACCCCUGUCCCCCCAUCCCAGGGAGAGAAAACUUGGCGCGGAGUGUCCCCAGCCGCCCAAGGCCCUCGGUUUCUUGUGGGCGCGAGAAUGGGACCGAGGAGCCGUCCCCCAACACCGUGCUCGCUCCGGAGGCCGAGCUGGGGACUCUCUUGCCCACCCCCGCGUGUUGCCCACUUGGCCUGGUGCCCAGGUCCAGGGCGGGGCGGCGGCACCGCCCGCAGGUCAAACUGCCGCGGACUCCCGGGCCUGACGCCGCGUGUCUGUGUCGGGGCGCCGCCCCUCCCUCCGCAGUGGGCCUGGGCCGUCUGCUCCACGACCCCCCCGAGGACUGCCGCAGCGACGGCGGCAGCAGCAGCAGCAGCGGCGGCGGCGGCGGCAGCGCGGGGGAGCCUGGAGGCGCCGAGAGCAGCUCGUCCCCGCGCGCCCCCGAGCGCGAAAUCCCCGAGCCUGGCGACGCAGAGGGCCCGGGUGGACACCUGGCGGCGAUGCAGCGCCCAGUCGCCAGGUCGAAAAUCAAGUUCACCACAGGCACCUGCAGCGACCCGGCGGCUCACAGCUGUGAGCUAUGUGGCAAGGGCUUCCGCCUGCAGCGCAUGCUCAACCGGCAUCUCAAGUGCCACAACCAGGUGAAGAGGCACCUGUGCACCUUCUGUGGCAAGGGCUUCAACGACACCUUUGACCUGAAGAGGCACGUCCGCACGCAUACAGGCAUUCGCCCCUACAAAUGUGACAUCUGCAACAAAGCCUUCACCCAGCGCUGCUCCUUGGAGUCCCACCUGAAGAAAAUCCACGGGGUGCAGCAGCAGUAUGCCUACAAGCAGCGCCGAGACAAGCUGUACGUCUGUGAGGAGUGUGGCUACACGGGCCCCACCCAGGAGGACCUGUACCUGCAUGUGAACAGUGCCCACCCGGGCAGCGCCUUUCUCAAAAAGACAUCCAAAAAACUAGCGGCUCUUUUGCAAGCCAAACUGACGUCCACACUCCAGGGGAAUGUCAACCUAAGCGAGGAAGAGGAGAAAUGAGGAGGUGGAGGAGGAGGAGCGGGGAGAGCCACCCACGAGCUGCCAUGUUUACAGGGAUUUUUGGUUUUGGAGGUCCCCCGCCCCACUGUCCUCCUGGGGCCGCAGCAGGGGUCUGUUCCAAGGUUGUCAAUGAUAAUACUGGUGUCCGGCCCCUGUAACCCAUGUCCUGUUGAGCAGUCACAUUAACAAAAGUUUGUGGAUGGCCUCGGUUGCCAUGCGGUAUUUUUGUUUUUUCUUCUUCUUCUUCUUUUUUAAUGAUUUUCACAUGUGGAGACAGAGGUAUUCUUAGAGAGACUAUCAUUUUAUGGUGCCUUGAAAUAAAAGUCCUUCCACCUGAAAUGCCAUUCAAGCAAGGACAAUGAAUUUUUUUAUUCUGGAAGAGUUUACAAGAAUUAUUUUAAUAAAUGGAAUGUUCUUGUGAAA